UCGCGCCGCCGCUCAGCUGAGAAGACAAUGGGCGAUCAAAGAAGGGGAGGGGGCGGAGGAGGAAGAGGAUGGCGCUAGGCGAGGCUAGAGCCCUGGUGUGUGGCGCUCUCUCUGCGCUCGAUUAGCGAUCCUAGUGGGAGACUUAGCCAGCCGGCCGCCGGAGCGAGGGACGGAAAGGGACACCGAGUGGUGGAGGUGGCAGCGGCGGCGGGUGCGGGGAGUCGUCGCCGCUGCUGCAGCUGGCUCCUCCGCCCCCCUCCUCUUCUCCUCCUUCUCCCGCGCCUCGCGAGCAAAGUGUGCGAGAGUGAGUGCGAGUGUGAGCGAGAGAGUGAGUGAGCGAGCCCCGUUGCGCAGCUUGCUCUGCGCACAAGCACCGCCACCGCCACCACCACCACUAGCGGAGGAGGACGGCAGAGGCACCACCAGCACCACACGGGCAUUUAGAAAGAGGAGCGUCGUGGCAUACCCACGCGGAGAGAAAAAGAAGCAGGAGGAGGAGGAAAAGAAGGGAAGAGAGAAGAGAAGAGGCCACACCAGACACCAACUGAGACAAAAGUAUCUCCAAACCAGCACCCAACUCCACCUUGGGAGGCAGGCGGCCAGGCGGGCGCCUCAGCAUGGCUUCCGAGGAACUCUACGAGGUAGAGAAAAUUGUUGACAAAAGGAAAAACAAGAAGGGGAAAACGGAAUACUUAGUGCGAUGGAAAGGCUAUGAGAGUGAAGAUGACACAUGGGAGCCCGAACAACACCUUGUGAAUUGUGAGGAAUAUAUACAUGAAUUCAAUAGACAUCACAAUGAAAAGCAAAAAGAAAGCACAUUAACAAGGACAAACAGGACGUCUCCAAAUAAUGCAAGAAAACAAAUUUCUAGAUCUACCAAUAGUUCUUUUUCAAAGACCUCAAAGUCCUUAGUUAUUGGAAAGGACCAUGAAUCAAAAAACAACCAGUUGUUUGCUGCACAGAAGUUUCGAAAAAACAACACCCCCCUCUCUGGUAGAAAAAACAUGGACCUUUCAAAGUCAGGUAUCAAAAUUCUUGUGCCCAAAAGCCCCAUCAAGAGUCGGACAGCAGUGGAUGGUUUUCAGAGUGAAAACUCUGAUAAGCUGGACCACAUUGAACACGACCAGGAAGAUUCUGUAGCACCAGAAGUGACAGCAGAGAAACCAGUUGGAGCUUUAUUAGGACCUGGAGAAGAGCGUGCUAGGAUGGGCAGCAGACCAAGAAUACACCCAUUAGUGCCACAAUUACCUGUGCCAGUAACAGCUACAAUUGCAUCUGCGUUAACAAUCAAUGGUAAAGGUACAUCUACCUUCAUAGAAGCAUUGUCUACGAAUGGUACCAACAUACAAACAUCAGUAACCGGAGUGACAGGCAACAAACGAAAGUUCAUUGAUGAAAGGAGGGACCAGCCUUUUGAUAAAAGGUUAAGAUUCAGUGUGAGGCAAACAGAAAGUGCUUACCGGUACAGAGACAUUGUUGUCAGGAAACAAGAUGGCUUCACGCACAUUUUAUUAUCAACAAAAUCAUCAGAGAACAAUUCAUUAAAUCCAGAGGUAAUGAAAGAAGUCCAAAGUGCACUGAACACAGCAGCAGCUGACGACAGCAAACUUGUACUCCUCAGUGCAGUAGGCAGUGUUUUCUGCUGCGGCCUUGACUUCAUUUAUUUUAUUCGACGCUUGACAGAUGAUAGAAAAAGGGAAAGUACUAAGAUGGCAGAUGCUAUUAGAAAUUUUGUAAAUACAUUCAUUCAAUUUAAGAAGCCCAUCAUUGUAGCAGUAAAUGGCCCAGCCAUUGGACUUGGAGCAUCUAUAUUACCUCUGUGUGAUGUGGUUUGGGCUAAUGAGAAGGCUUGGUUUCAGACUCCAUAUACAACGUUUGGACAAAGUCCUGAUGGAUGUUCAUCCCUCACAUUCCCAAGAAUAAUGGGCCUAGCAUCUGCAAAUGAAAUGUUGUUUAGUGGAAGGAAACUGACUGCACAAGAAGCAUGUGCAAAAGGACUUGUGUCGCAAGUUUUCUGGCCAGGAACGUUCACACAGGAAGUCAUGGUUCGAAUUAAGGAACUUGUCACAUGUAAUUCAGUUGUACUUGAAGAAUCCAAAGGUUUAGUUCGUAGUAUUAUGAAGGUGGACUUGGAACAAGCGAAUGAUAAAGAGUGUGAAGUUUUAAAGAAAAUUUGGGGUUCUGCUCAAGGCAUGGACUCAAUGUUAAAGUAUUUGCAGAGGAAGAUUGAUGAAUUUUGAAGAAAUGUGCAUUGACACUGGAAUUGUAUUUACUUGGACAUCUGGAUUUUAUGGAUGCCCUAGCUGAAUUUAAAAAUAAAACUUGCCCGACGCUCAGAAAGAGUGGGACUAAAGCUUGGAAGAACAAGGUUUUAUUAAGGUUUUUUUAAAAAAAUAAAGAAGUACUGUAUGUUAAGCAUUGAACAAAUUUCCUUUCUCCAUAUAUAGAUAUAAAUAUAUAUAUUAUAUUUCUUUAUAUACACAAACUAAAAAAAAUAUAAUGGAGUGCACUACCAAACUUUUGUCUUCUACUUGGUUAUCAUUGGCUAGUACUGUAUCAGAAGAAAAUGGUGGAUAAAAUGAGGUGUUGCAUUAUUUUGUAUAUGGCAGGAAGGUCCUGAAGCAAUGAGAUAUUUUUUCACUAGAGUACAGAAUUAAAACGGGUAUUGGCCAGCCCUUACUUUCACUGCCCAAAAAGAGUUAUUUAAGAAGAGGUGUUGCCUUGAAUUUUGAGGAAGGUUAAAAAUACCUCAAGUAACGAUGCAUUCUAAAAAUCAAUUAUUUUUUAAAAGAAACCCCUGUAAUUAAAUGGUAUAUUUUUUUCUCUGUCUCCUCCCUGCCCCUACCCCACCUCCUAAAAAAUGAGUGUGCUCAGGAUUUAUGCUAUAAAAACACUCAGCCCUUCUUGUUUUGGGGAGCAUGCCCGAUUCUGACCCAGAGAGCAUGAAGAAGCCAGUCUAUUGCUGAAAAAGAAGCUUCAUUUGCAGUAUUAGUGAAUCACUGAAAUACCAUAUAUACUAUGGGUAUCUUAAAUUAUAGCUUAGUGGGUUUUAUUAAAAAAAAUAGUGUUCUUGAAUUAUUUUAACUACAUAAUUGCUUCUGUUGCUGGGUGAGAAAAAUACUCUAUAUACAGGUUUUUUUGUUCUUCUGUUUGCUGGUUUAAUUAAUGAAUUACACCAAAAAUGUAUUUUAUGUUCAUUUUUUAGUUUCACGUAGAAUAUAUUUUAUUUAAUAAGUUAAAUUCCUUUUGACACACUAUUAAAUUUUUCUUUUUUUAAAAAAAAAACUACCUUCUAUUAGAUGUUGAAUAUCUUUUGUUUUUAAUUUUAAUUAUAUGCUAUGGCCCAAUCCAGAAAUCUUUCCAUGCAGCAGCAGGCUGCAUGCAUUCUGCAGUGGAUGAGGAUCUCCAACAUCAAAAAGAUGAUUAGUGCUGUCAGCUGAUUUCAUGUUAGAGUGGGUUCUUGGAAUCAGCUCUCCCUGUCUCCUGUUAGAAGAAUCACCUAUCUGGCAGGCAGUGCAUGCUUGAUACAGGAGUAUCACAUAUGCAAUACCCAGAUGCUGGAUGCAGUUUUAUCUUUCCUCCCUCUCCCCCAUACAGUGCCCUUUUGUGCAUAUGGGACUGCAUCCAGUAGUGCAAUAUGCCCAUGGGACUUUGCUUUCCACGUGCAGAUUGCCGUUUUUGGAUCAGCGUGCAUAAUAUACAGAUGUAUAAGAGUGACCUGUGUAAACAUGCCUAAUUUGCAUUCCUUUCACGAGUGUAUGAUGCUUCCUGACUCCAGAUACUUAGGUAUCUGUGCCUGCAAUCUUACUGAAUGUAUUAAGAAUGUGGGGGGGAGGGGGGAUCAAACAUUAUUUUUGUACAGUUGGAACUUUAUACUUGGAGCCUGACCACCUCAUCCUAGUGAAGAGUUGUACAGUGUGUAAAUCUGCUUUUACCUUGGAUUGGUACAGUAUUUUUGCAUCUGUGGGACCUACUUUUUUGUUUUAGUAGUUUGAACUAUAUAUAAACUGUACAAGCUGUAAAGUUUUUAUAGAAUAAAUAUUCAGCUGUGAACUGGUUAAAAUAAAACUAAUAUUUCUUAACA